ACAAACACAAACCAAACCAAACCCCAUUUUAUUCAUUCUCAAAACUUCUCUCUAGCUAGCUAGCACCGUUCAUCACUCACAUUAUUCUUUCUGAGAAUGCAUUAUCAAGCAGCAGCGGCGUCGUGGGGGAGCUACGUGGCGGGGGCCCCACGGAACAGCGCGGCGGCGGCGGUGGUGGUGGGGGACCCACUGGAGCGGAUAGAGAGGCUGGCGUCGGAGAGCGCGGUGGUGAUAUUCAGCGUGAGCACGUGCUGCAUGUGCCACGCCAUCAAGAGGCUCUUCUGCGGCAUGGGCGUGAACCCGACCGUGCACGAGCUGGACGAGGAUCCAAGAGGCAAGGACCUCGAACGCGCCCUCAUGCGGCUCCUCGGAACCCCCUCGGUUGUCCCUGUCGUCUUCAUCGGUGGCAAGCUUGUCGGAACCAUGGACCGAGUCAUGGCUUGCCACAUUAACGGCACCCUCGUUCCUCUCCUCAAAGAAGCUGGUGCUCUCUGGCUUUGAAAAUGCACCCACCACCAAUUAACGCUAUCUAAGUAUAAAUAAACAAAAAAAUAUGAGAGAGGGUAAAAAAAAAAGAAGAGGUUUUAUUAAACAGUGUUUAUUGUUAUUAUUAUUAUCAAUCAGAGGAAGGGGAUGAAUGAAGUGGUCUUUUGUGAGUCUCUUCUUCUUCCAUUCUUCCAUUUUGGAUACACUACUACUACUACUUGCAGCAGCAGCAGCUGCUUCUAACUGACUUGUUAAUCAAUCUUUUCUUUCUUUCUUACUUUU